AUGUUCAAGGAUCUAAGCCUCGUGGUCCUUGGCAUUGCAGCGUUGGUUCUUGGCAAGGAACCUGAGCUCCCACCAUGUCCGACCAACGUAGAAUAUUUCCCGCAAGACCUACCGAUGCAUUGCAGAAUGCCUCGCCACGCAAACUAUCCUACUUACCCUGAGAAUAUGUUGAGCGGUACAAUGCCACCUUUUCCACUUUCACCACCUUUUCCUCCAGUGUUUCCUCCCCCUGGACCAUAUUUUCCAGCAGGGAAGGAAGGAGCUCCUGUGCCAAUGCCUAUGUCUCUAGCAGUUCCAGGGCCAAUGUCUGCAAUGCCCGUAGUAGCACCAGGACCUGCCCAGAAACUACCCGUCAUAGUAAUGCCGUUCUAUUCGCCUGAUCGUUCCUACCAAAAAUCUCCUAGACAUCAUCCACCUAGAAGAAUAGUAGAAAUCCAAACAAGAAGACCUUUCUAUUCUGACACUGACAUUAGCAGUGACACGGGAACUGAUACCGACACAUCUUUUGAUACGUCCCAUGAUACGUCCUCAGAUGGUGGUGGUUGGUGGAAAGGAAAAGGUUGGAGACGAAACGGUAGAAGAUUUAACAAGCGACAUAAACCUCGAAGAAAGAAACAUACCAAAAAAGAUUUACUUACGCCGAUCCUACAAUACGUAACGAAGGAUGGGUACGUGAUAUUUGAGAAGACAAUAACAAAAAAUGAAGCAAAAGAUUGGUUGAAAGUAAAGAAAACAACUCUGAAUAAUGUUAAUAAAAAUGAAGAAAAUGAACCAGAUAGUAAUGAUGACGAAGACGCUGAUGAAGAACAGAAGGCUAAGAACAGCAAAGAAGGAGCCGUUGUGUUAACAACGCGUAUUCCUAAGAAGCAUGCUCAGCGAAAAGUUAAUAUUAUGAAAAAAAGCUAA